UCAGGGGUCUAUUGCAAAUCAUAGUAGCCGAGGAAUUCAGGUGUUUCCCUGCUCCUCCCAGUAGUUAGAUAAUAUUUCGGUACUCAAUGUUAUCGGCAAGGACAAAAACUAGGGUUGAUCGGUAUUUGUCUAUAAUCACGUGAGUUAAAAUCGAUAGAUAAAUCUUUUAAUGUAGUUUCUACUUGUAUUUAAUGAGAUAAGAUAGACGACAAAAGGACCUGACGUUUUUAUUAAUAUACACAUAGAAUUUGAUGAUUCUUUAGGAAUACUGCGUAUUUGCGCCGUUUUUUGUUGUUGCUUUUUUGUUUUGGUUUGUUUAAUUGUUUGUUUGAUUUAUUUUUUGUAUUUUCUUCGUACAGAAAAUAUGAUAAUAACCAAAACAUGAAUGCAACAUAGAAAAUGCAAUAAGGAGAUGAAUAUUCAGUAUAAGGAGAUAGAAGAAAUUUAAAAAAGUGGCUGGCAACUACAAAUGGUUUAUAGAUUUACAAGACGAACUAAAUAAAGAAGUUAAAAAAUGGAGGAUUCAUCAUACGUAAUCUACGAAAGACUGAAUAAAAGCGAUUUAACAAGAGGGCACGAAUACUAUCUCAGUAAUUUAUUAUUUUUGGAACAAGCUUCGCCCAUUGCAUUGAAGGCCAUUUUGAAAAGGGAAGUCGAUAAAUGUGGAACAGAUAUUGCUACUUUGUUAAAUGAAAAUAAAAACUCAUUCAAAACCAAGUUCGAAACGGAAUAUCUUCAGCUGUUUCAAAAUGAUAUGCUCAAUACAGAUUUUGAUUUCUGGGACACUCUGCAACUUUGUGCUGCUAUAUUCGUCUUAUUUGAAUCUGAUUUAGCUGAUCCAGAAGUUGAAGCCAUCCAAUGUAUAUAUGAAAAUAGAAAAGAUAUUGAAAAUUACGCAGAAGUUGCCUCUCUAACAUACACUACCUACAAGGAGAAACAACAUACAUUGCGAGAGCAAUUACUCGAGUUGAUAAAGCUCAUAAACGACAAAGAAAAGCUUGAUUGUAAACGCAUGAUGUUUUCAUUUGAACCAAAAUCAAUGAACUUAAGCGAAAAACUAAUAGGAAAUCUAAAACAGACAAAGGAUGUCAAAACCCAUCUUCAAAUUGCAAUCGAAGGAAAUGUUGUAACAAAGAUCGAAACCAUAAGUGACGAAAACGAUCCAAUUCUGCUGAAAAAUGACAACAUUUUCAUUGAAGACCUUAAGAACAAAAAGGUCUUCAUCAAUGAUUCGGCUGUUUUAAUCUGUAAACUUAACUCCGCAGCGAGUGAGACUGUUGUUUGGAAGAAGGAUUGCAAGCCGGUCGAAAUGACAGACAAUAUCGUGUUCAUGGAAAACCAUUGCACCCAUUGUUUAGCGAUAGCACACGCAUCAUUGGAAGAUACGGGCAUAUAUGCCUGUGUAUGUGGAAAAAUUUCAACAUCAGCUAAUCUUACUGUUAUAG